CCUUUUGGCUUAGAUCAAGUGUAGUAUCUGUUCUUAAUAGUUUAACCACUAUUAUGAGGGCACCGCCCUCAUUCUUUGGUUAUCAAAUUUUUGUCGCCCUUGUUCCUUCGAGCUCUGCUUGCAACUUGAGGGACAUGAUGACCUUGCUACUGCACUACUGGCUUGUGUCGUCGGGGGAUCUCUUUUGGAUCUCAUUUUCUCUUUUCUCGGUGACUACUCCAUAGUCUCUUGACUAUGUAUGGUGCUGGGAAAACAGAACUUGUGGUCAACUUUGUAUUGUAAUUACAAUGUGUCACUUAAAUAACAAUUCAUAUGAUUCAAAGUACUGG